AUGGAGUACUGCAGUAGUUCCCACGCUCUUGUUAUGGAUGUUACAAAGGUACGUGAGCCGGCGCCGUCCAUACAUUGUUGGGUAGAGGGUUGGUAGGCCCGCCUAAUUGCAGUUACUCCACACUAUCGGGGCUCCUUGGGGGUUCUUCUCGUAGUACGUCGUGCCUACUUCAACCGGCAUUCGGGUCCCCCCUGUUGCCGACAGGCCUAUCUUAUCGGAUAGCAACAUGCCAUACUACAUUUAUCGGCAUUCCACAUAACGAUCAGUAGUCCAGGUGUUUAAUAAGGGAACAUGUGGAGGCAAUAAACAGUUUGCUGCAAUUCUAGUCUGUAGCAGAGGCCACACAAUAUUAACUGUUCGUGGAGCUGGCGACUGCCACCGCGGGGGGUGGGUGGACCGAUUCACCACACUUAAGAGGAAAACACACAAUUCUCACGCACAAAUCUUCGGCACACCCGGAGAAACCGUCCCUCUCUCUCCCUCUUAACAAAACUUGGUCUUCGGCCAUAUAUGCUCGUUACAACUCAGUGUCCUAAAGGCCCCUCCCUCGAUCGUCACGGUUUUGGCAGUAGCGUUGAGGCUCUGACACACCUGUUCGACCAUCGUGACCGACGAGAACAGGGGCGGUGACUUGCGCAUGAUUUCUUUUAUAGUAACGGUGGACUUGCACUGCAUCUCGCGCACCCGCGCCUCCUCCCCCACCUGGAUCGGGUGUCAAGACAGAGUCACGAAGACCGGAGGCUGGCACGGCGAAGACCCGCACCCCCUGGUCCAAAACGGACACUGACCAGGAUUUUAUCAAGGAAGCGAAAACGGGGUAGCUCGGAUCGCAACAGGCGCGGUGCGGGCCUGAAACUAGGCGUACCCCCUCAGGUGUUUGCAUUUGCUAUUAGUGCGCAUUCCCAAUAACGGCUGCCGGACUCUCGUGACCGUGUGCUCCACAGCAGGGUGAGAACAGGGACGGUGGUUGUUUCAACUUCUGGCUCAGGCAGAGCAGGUGUGCGGUAUUCGGCCUGCAAAUGACGCUCUGACGGUGCCUUCCAACGUGACAACCCAACAAUAUUACGCGGUUUGAGAUCUGCCAGCCCUGCUGAAAGAAGGCCUCUACGAAACGGACUAAAAAACGCAAGCGGAGACACUUUAUUAAACGCUUCAAUUACUGCUGGAAGACGGUGUUCUCCUUUAGUGGAGCUGCGCACGAACAAACCGUUGUUCUGAGACCCUGUUGUGACGACUUGUUGAAAUGACAUCUGAGCACUACAGGGCAGGGUUGUGGAUAUCGCGUACUGGCGAUCCAUCCGUCACCAUCAUAUGGAACAGGAUUGAGGGAUUUCCCCAACCACCGGACUCGAUCUCCUCAGACAUUCUAUUCACAAUGGAGAAGUGACCGAUAUUGCAGGUUGCCCCGCCCCGUUAACCGCCAGACGACCAAAAGACUGAAGUUUAGUUUCUACAACAGCGACCCAGCCAGCGGGUGCCCUCGCCCAAAGCUAGAGGGGUAACCCCGAGAGGGCAGCCAGAACCGAGGUGUUGGUGUGCCCAUACUAUUCGCCAAAUUGAUGAAUUAUUGUACCUACAGCACAGGGGGGCGGCAACUUGCCGAGAUCGGGAAUUUCCAAGGAACUAUAUAAUAAUUAGGCAUCCCAUUCAAAGUGGAUGACAGUCCGCAGGUCGCACGCGACGACGUGCACCGUGUUCCCCACAGCGCCGUGGUUGCAAGAUGGCGACCUGCACGUGAAUUAGUUUAUAGUGAUCGUAGACUUCUGCUGCAUAUGUCGAUUGCUCACCGCUCCAACAUAGCCUGAUUUACUUUCUUCCGAAAAUUUUUCUCUUCGCACUCAUGCCCCCGGCAUUCUGUUAUGUGUGGACCUUCCCCUUACUUACUUACUUACUUACUUAGAGGCGUGGACUUCUACCUAAUAGGUCGUGAGUUCGAGCCUGGGGUGUUCCACACUUCGGGGUUGGGUAUGACUGGCUGACGACGGCUAAUAAGCCAGCGAUGGCCAUUCCAGUCUCCCUUGUCUUUGUCGGUAAUAACAUUCUGUCUAUAUCAUGCGCCGCUGUGCGGCUGCUGGUUGGGCUCCAAAGAGAAAGAGAGAGAGAGAGAGAGAGAGAGAGAGAGAGAGAGAGAGAGAGAGAGAGAGAGAGCCCAUAAGGCACAACGGAACGAGUGAGUUCCGCAAGAACCAUCGGUGAGCGCCCCCUACCACAGCCUAAUCUGUGUUUGUUACUUUCGCCAGUUUUGUUAAGCAGUGCUCCACAGAAACACCUUUGGUUGUUUUUCUUGUAAUGCUGCUGCAUGUCACGAGAUGGACUUCUAUUUCUCAGCGGUACCGUUGGGGACUGCUCGUAGGUAACAUUUCGCGGCGGGAUUCUGCUACCUUUCGGCACUUUGAUUGACAGCUAUUCUGAUUCUCCUUGUCCCACUUUCUUUCGUUUGACGUCGCACAAAUACCUUUGGGACAUCUCCAACACCUCUUUCCCUCGAUAGUACUGAAAAUUCGAUUCCCAGAUGGUAAAUCAGCAGAAGAUGAGGCGUUCACCAGGAAAGGUUUAUUAGAGGUCUGACGUUUCGAGUAGGGACUUCGCCUACUCCUCUUCAGAGACUGCGAAGUCAUUCGCACAGCUCUCCUUAUAUGGCGCACUUUGUUUGAUGCGUUGCCCGCCAAUGACGCCUGUGGGGCUGCAUCCGACCCGCAUGUUACCGUGACCUGAAUCCCGCCCACCUUCGUCGGCCGUGGCGAUAGUUGACGACCCCGAUUGUCCCGCGCCGUGACUGUCCGCUGUUAAGAAGGUUCGUAGACGAAACAACUACUCGAAACGUCACACCUCAUAUACACCUUUUCCGGUGAACGCCUCAUUUUUUCCUUUUUCCCUGUUGUCGUUAUUCUUCGGCCUCGCGGUCUCUCUGAUGUUUCGUCUGCUGAGACAUCCGUUUAGACGAUCUUCUGUGUCCUUAGGAUCCGCGCGCCUUCGGUCCGUCGCCAUUCACCCGCUCCUCCGACCCUCGACAGUGCGCACCGCCCAAAAGUAGGAAGAAGAACGGAAAUACCCUGCUUGACUAUUGGAAGUGUAAGUUAUGCGUCUGUAUGAUCUUUCCUUUUUUUCAAAGCGAAGUCUUAUUAUCUUUGUUCGCUGUGGUCUCUGAGUUUACCCGACGUCGGCAUUGAGCAUAAAAUUAAAGCACUUUAAACGAACGUAUGCCCAAGACUAACCGUUAUCGGGACUGUUUAUUACCAUAUUGUAUAGUGGGGCAUUAAUUGGGGGUUUUGGGGUGCUGAUCGGAGAGCACGCGGGUGUACAGUGUUUAUCCAAGUCUCGUGGCGUAACGGGUAGAGCGCUGUAUCGUUUGUCAAAGUGUCCAGGUUUGAGCUCUGCCUUUGCAGCUUUUUCUCUGAUGACGCGGUACCAAAGCCAAGCUUAUUGUUUUUCUGAGUGAUAAAGGGAGAUCUGAGGGCAACCCUAACCUGAACGCACCGCACGCUCGGACGACAAAUGAGCCGCCCGCCUGCGUAGUGAAGUCCUGUCGCACUGCACCUUCUUCCUAUCUCGUUGUCACUUGAACCACGCCUUCCCCGCCCCCCCCCCUCCACCACCCAGCCAGAUUUUUAAAAAUGCCACUGGCUUUUUUAAGUGAGCUGUUAUUUUAUAAAAUCCUCCGUCUAUUUUCCAGCUCUGGAGCAGGAUGAGACUGGCCUGCGUUCGCUGGGUCCGAUGAGGCGACUGCUUACCGCGAUGAACGAGAAAUCUCGCGUCCUGGUAAUGACCAGAGGGAUGCGCGAAAUUAGGGCCAUCCUGACGGGUCGUCUCAUCGCUUUCGACCGCUUCUGGAACUUGGUCUGGGAACACUAUUCACAUCGACUUUACGUUUAUACUUGAUGCUUGAGAAGGCUUAUAUGACGAGAGUGUAAUUCGAAUCCGUUUUGGACCGUAGAUUCUCAGUGAAGUGACAGAGUUCUCACUGAAGGUCGAUCACUCUCAAUUGCGCAGUGUAAGUGCCUGUUUAUCCUUUAUUUGAUUAACUUUAUUUACUACGCCCUGUCUACUAACUUCAUUUAAGUAGCCCGAUGUGUUCAGAUAUUAUUCUGCCGCGAGUAUGAUUUGGUGCAUAAAGACUGAGGAUGUGAAUUGACAAUAAGCUAUUCUAGGUGAGAUGUCAGUUGUCGUAUAAUCUUCUUUCCACAAUUUCUCCCCCAACUUUAGAUUCGACAGAUGGGCAAAGUUUAGAGGUCCAGGUUGAUUAUUUGAAGAAGAUGGGCUCACCGGAACAGGUUUACUAAGAUGCUGACGUUUCGAAGAGCUUGGUCGCCUCUCCAUUGUCAGAGCAUAAAAUGCACUUAAUCGACCAGAAAUCCCAGGUGGCUUGUCACGUUGGUCGGCCUCAUGCUGAUCGAUUUUUUCUCUCCUCUCCUGCCUCGGCCUCCCGGGCGAUGGUUGACGGCCUUUUUGCGUGCUUUGUGAGUCAGCACUCCGUCGGGGGGAGGUGACUGAACCAGUGUCGGGUGGUCGGUCUGGCGGUUCUUGGUCUUCUUCACCGAGUAAACUCGUCGUCGGGCUGUCUCCGUAUGGCCUUCUCAAGCUCGGUGUGGUUGUUCGGUCCUGAGCUCUACGAUUGUGAUGACGUAGGACUUUGUAAGCUGCAAAAAGGUCCAGAUUCCUGUUGAUGGAUUGGGGACGGUUGACGGACGUUUUGCCUGCCGGUGUUUUGUCACUUAAGCGCAUGCCUUCUCUAGAGAUUCAAAUUUAAAGCCACUUCCAGCAUUCGUCGAAAGGCACGACGCGAGUAAUUAUUACCGCAGAGUCCGCGAAAUCGACAAUACUACUUGUAAACAGUAAGAAAGAUUGUCCAGUCUCGCAUUUUUGAUCAUUUAUAUCCUGGUAUAUUACGUGUGAUGUUCAAGUUCUCGCCAGCUUUGCGACCCUAUCCGUUAUAGCUAGUUCAAGCUGCCGAACCAUCUGGGUUACUACUAAACCCACAUGAAAUCGAUCACUUUCGUUUCCUCUAGGGCUUGCAGGUUUGUACCGAAUCAAGGCCGGCAUGGCCAACAACGUUGUUGGGAGGACAGCGCGGUCUAGCAAUUCUAACCUUCAAUCACAAGAGUCCCUUGUUUCCUCGACAAAACUAGGGGCUUGUUUUUCUAUGAAUAUUUGCCAUUUCUGUGGGCCUCUCGUCAGGUUGCCUCGUCCAAGCCAUCAUGCCGACAUCGCACGCGUCUUACCAAUGUGUGCAGCAACUAUUGCGGCAGACUACCGAACCGCCUAAAAUGGUUGGACAGCCCUUAUCCAAAUAAUAUCUCUUGUAGGGAUUUGAAAAUCAGCAGAACGUGCACUAUAAGCACCUGAACCUGCAGGUCUCACAAUAUCACCAGUAUUUAUGCUCACACGCUCCUCUUUUGUUGAGUACUGUUUAGUGUCUUGCAUUGUGCCAGCCUCACACAUUCCUUGUCAAUGUCUUCGUCUAGUGGUAAUCGGCUCUACUGAUCCGUGCACUUUGCGUCCUUUUUUACGCAGCAGCUAUUUUGAUAGGCUUGUGAAACAUUCACUGGAUUUCCAGAAUUCGAUAUAUCGGCCAUAACGGAUUAUUUGGAUGUUAUUAUUGGAUAUCAUACAGCAUUAUCCCAAGAUACUUUAGUCAUACCAGGAUGCCGGCUUUUGAAAGCACGCCUUUACGGCUGCUUACCGAAACCGUACUCAUUAAAAGUGAUUGCUUAAUCAGUGUUUAUUUUUUCAUUGGUUCUCGGUGUCCAUGAAAAGCAUGCACAAAAAUAUCACUUUUGCACUCAUGUUGUAGUACAUUGCGUCUUUCUCAAAAAAAUUAUUCGAAGAUAAGACAUAUCGGCAUCCCAAAAUAUUUUUUUUAUUGUUAGUUACACCCGUCAUAGCGCCUGUGUCCAAUGUUUACAAACCACACCUGCACAUUCCUCAUUCAAGAAAAAUUAUUCUUCUGUGUCAUUGCGAAAGUUCCAUAUUGCGCUCAUAAAGCUUCACAAGGCAUGUUAACCACGCUGUGCGCUUCAUCAGAUGUAUUUAACAGCGGACAGACAUGGUCAUAAAGUUAUUGGCGAGGUAAACGUCCUAUUCGAAGUACUGUUGAGCCAUAAUGUUCUGCACUCUCAUAGGAAAGUGGACCUGGUCGAAAGCGACGUCAACGGCUGAGGAAGGCGCGUUUGUGUCAUAGGCAACCUACCGAUGGGACCGAAGCUCCCCUCACACCUCGCUUUGGUGCGUUUUCUUUGUUCAACAACCUUUUUGCCUUUAUAUAUGUCAUUCGGAAUAUGCGCAAGGUAUUCAACCGAGUGCAUUCGACCGUUGGCGCGUUAUUCGUGUAUUGUCGGCUAAAAUCUGCUGUUACCCAUUCGUGGUUCAGCAAUUUGUUUCCCGGCCAGGGUAAUAAGCAAGAGCCACAUUACCCUGUCAAUAACUUUCUGUCCUACAGCUUUCCAGGCUUACUGUCUUGGAGCCUUGGAUCAAAGGCCAAUCGCCGUUGUCAGUAGGAGAUUGCAUACACAACCGGCGACAUGCUGAGAGGCUGCCAUGCGGUUUACGGGAGUCCCCUGGAUCGCAGCGAUUUUCCAGCGCGCAUUCACAUGUUCCCAACAGUGCGUCGUGUUCUACCAGUGUCUACCUUCAGCACGCCCAGGCCAAAUCUCGCUUUUUUGCCUGAUAACACAGCCGUCCCUUAAUAUUGGCAUCGGGCGCUUGGCCUAUGCAAACCCGCACGGCAUUCUCACUUUCUCCUUCCUGUUGCAGUAUCGUUUAUCCCCAAGUUGUCAUCAUCAUACCCAUCCCGUCUGUUUUAUAGCAACAGAAACUGCCGCUGUCUACGAGUCCCUCGCUUUCAUGGAUCCCUUCAUCGGCGAGGAAACCCUGUUGCCGCAUCUGCCCUCUCCCUCCUCCUCCUCCCCGCCGUCCGCGCCAGCACAGCCGGUCGAUCGAGCUGUGCAGGUUGACGCGUCCGCGUUCGGAGCCCCCGGUGCCUCCUCAUGGAGCCCCUCUGUGGCCGAGGUAAUUCGCUCGGAGGGCGGAACCUGCACCGGCGCAAAAUGGACCACCGUCCUCAGUGGACAGCUCUUCAUUCGCGGCGCCAACGUCGUGCUUGUGCGCAUUCUCUCAGACUAG